AUGACUGGUUAUGUGAUCGGUCUCAACUUUGAUUCUGGCGGGCUUCAAGGCAAUAUCCAUUUCAAUAGCAGCUUAUUCUCUCUUGGCCAUCUAAAGAGGCUAGACCUCUCUUCGAAUGAAUUCAGAGUUUCACUCACUCUCUCCCUAGCUGAUGGCUUGAACAGAAUUGUUCAAAACCUAACCAAUCUUAAGGAGCUUCAACUGUCCGAUGUUGACAUUUCUUCAGUGGUACCUGAUUCCUUCAAGAAUAUCUCUUCUUCUCUGCCAACUCUUGGACUCUUUGAUUGUCACUUGCAAGGAAAAUCCCCAGAGAGCAUUUCCACCGACCAAAUCUUCUUCCCGUAG